UUGAUCUCUGGAUAUUUUGAUCACAUAGUGUAGUAAAUUGUAAAACGCAAAAAAAUUAAGAAAUUUAAGGAUUAAUAAUGGAAUUGGAGUAUUUAGAGGCAAUACUAAAUGAGUUUUAUCAUCAUGGAACAUCGAAUUUUCGUAAAAAAGAGAUUGAGGCCCAAUUAAAAGAAUUUCAGGAACAUGCAAAUGCAUCACAAAUUUGCAUCCAAAAUCUCACGAAUACUUAUGGGCUAAAUAAUCAGUUUAUCUUUUUCUUCUCAGUUUCGACAUUAGAAUUUACAAUAACAAAAAAUUGGUUCAUCAUUGAUAAGAAAUUAAGGAUCCAGAUAAGGGAUAUGCUGUGGUAUAUUUAUUCUAGUUUUCCACCAAAUGUAGGAGCAUUACAACGUGAUAAACUAGCCCAACUUAUCGCAUUAAUCGGUAAACGAGAGUUUCCAGUAGAUCAUGCAGACUAUGUCAAUCAAAUAUUAUCCCUGACAAAGAUGAAGUUCAUUUUGGGUAUUAAUCUAUUAAAAUCAACAUCUAAUGAAAUUUGCAGCACUAAAGUCGAUUGCAGUCAUCAGCAGAAGAGCAAAUUUGUUCAAAGCAUGAUUUUAUGUCUAAAUGACAUCAUGACUUUACUGGGAAAAUUUCUUACACUCUGUGUAUGUCAUGUGAGCAAUAAUGAAUUAAUUGUUGGACCUGAAAUGGACUUUGACAUACACCGAUCUUUACCAAAUGACGAGCGCUUUUCAUUUUCCUGCUGUGAAUUAUUGAAUACAAUUGCCAGCAUUUUUUCAUGGGUUCCUUCAAAAUUUAUGGAAACGAUAAUGAAUGUGGAAUUCUUCAAUAAUAUUUAUGAAUUGUCGUCAUUUACUAAUGAGAAGUGUAUUAAUGUCCAUCUUACAGCCAUCACGACAAUCUGUGAAUUAUUUUAUCUCCAAAAGCAAAUUCCUCAAUUAAAUCUUCAAGCGAAUGGCAUAACUGAGUUGAUCCAACAUAAGAAUCUUGCACAAUCACCAGAAGAGUAUCAGGAUAAGAUAACAGAAUUACUUAAAUUAUUUAUCCAGCAACAAUGGUCGAGAUUCGUUAAUCAGCCAGAAUUUCCAUCAAAAGAAUUCCUUUUGUAUUUAUUCAGCUUCACAUUCUCGGAUAAUAUCAGUGCAUUGACAUUUGGUGAACGACUGUCUUUAUGGAUACCAAUAAUUAAGAGUUUCGAUGAGAAGAUAGCACCAAGAUAUACGGAAACAAUAGUUCAGUUGAUAUCAAAUGUGAUCCUUAAAAUGCAGUUCCAAAAUAAUUCAGAAUUAUUGGAUCUUUUAGACACGGAAGAAAUGGACGAAAAUAUGGAGACUGAAUUACAAAGUUUCAGAAACAACUGUAUUGAAAUUGUCUUAACAGCUGCUGAAAUUGAGCCAUGCAAAAUUUUUGAUCUACUGAACAUAGAAUUUACUAAAGAAAAUGGACAUUUAAAGAACUAUGUCAAUCUACUCAGCACUCUACCUGAUUAUUCGAAAGAUUUAACAGUCAAACGAGUGAGUUUAAGUCAAAUUGUAAGAUAUUCUGCAGAUCCAUCAUUUCAUUUACACUGCAUGUGUAAGGAUCUAACGACAUUACUCCAAAUGGUCACUCAAACAUGCAAUGUGAUUCUAGUGAUUACUUGUGAUAGAAAUAACUCGAUUACUAAUAUAAUUAGGACAUGCAUAAUUUUAUUAAAAUUAGCGAAUCAGAAGAAAUUGCAUUUAUAUGACUUAGAUGUUCAGCUUAAAACUGAUUUGAUAGAAUUACAGGCACAAAUAUUAACAACAGUUCGAGGAUUAAUGUUGCUUAGAACUGAAAUUUAUGAGAAUCAUAAUGAAAUUUUUGAAUUAAUUGAGUCAGUUAUGUCUGCAUUAUUGCCAUCACGUUAUGCAUUUAUGGAACCACCAUUGGUAUUAAAUACAGCCGUUCAAUUAGUGGUAACAAUAACGACAGUUCUACGUCCGAAUUAUUUCCUCAAAAAUACACUAGUCCAAGAACUCUUUCAUAGCGAUUUGAGCAGAUUUGAUGAACAGAUUCGACUUCAAAUCAAGCUUGUUGUAUUUAAUGCUCUUGUGCUGCCAUACAGCAACAUUGCUGUAAACUUAACAGAAGAACAGGAAUAUGAAAAGCGUGGAGAACUUCUUCAACAAUAUGUUGGAUUUAUAAGCUACAAGUUUCUAUCCUUAAAUGUUCAAUCAAGCUACAUUGCAGCAAAGCAUGAAAUACGAUCAGAAAUGAAGGAUUAUGAACACUUAUUAAAUUCUUAUGAGAAUACAAAUAAUUAUUCAAAGCAGAUCCUCCUUAGUGCUAUAAAUCCAAUUAUCAAGAAGUCAAUAGAAAUCUUUCAAUUUGCUGCCAAAAAUUAUUCGCAUGACGAGAAUGACUUAUCGAUAAUAAUAAAUUUUAAUUUAAGCAUCGUAAAGUGCUUACAAGUUCAAUUAGGUUCAGAUUUUGUGAUAAAUAUCGUAAGACUGUUCUUAGACAUAGCAUCGACACCAAAUAGAAGUGCACAUGCUUUGAAUAAACUCCUUGAAAUGCUCAUCUUUAUUGUUCAACAUACAGGAACAACAUCGACGCAUCUUAUGCCUGAUAUAUUGAAAUUAACUGUCGAUGAUCUCUUGAGGAUUAAUCCACAAAUUGACAUUUCUUAUAAUCUAUUCUCAUUGUAUGACACAAUCUUACAGAAUCAUUGGAAUUACUUCCAGAAAAACCUAUCAAAUACGCGAAAUAGUCAGGAAGAUUUAAUGAAGAUUUUCACGACUUAUGGACAAUAUUUAUGUAAUGGAUCGCCAAUUGAUCCGCAGAUUGGAAGAGUAAUUAUGGCAUCAUUAGAAGUUCUUAACGAAAAAUGGCAUUUAUAUGAUAAAACUUUCUUUAAGAAUUCACUCCUCAAAUCAUUCAUGACAACAUUAUUACGUCUAAUUAUUUCGUCAGAUGGUAUUUUAUUUUAUGAUCAAAUUAUCACGAUUCUUUUCAAUAUGUCUGAGAAGAAUAAGCCGGCACUUCAUGAGUGCUUAGCUGCUGUAUUUAGUGAUAAAACGAAAAUCGUUCAACUUUGUGAAGUGACUGAUCUUCCUACUUUUGCUAAUAUUAUGGAAAUAUUGAUCCAAGAUUCAAAUGUAGUACAUCAGUAAAGAUGCUUCUAUGUCAUGUAUUUAUGUAUCUUUUCAUGUCAAUAGUUUACUAAUUUAACGGGAUUUCAACAGGUUUUUUUUGAAAAUUUAAAUUUUUUGAAACUGUUAAAAUUUUAAAAUGUCGGUUUACAUGAAAAGAUAAAUGAAAAUUUUAUAUAUUUUAAUUAUAUUAAGAGUAAAUUAAUCGAUGCAUGUUCGAUGAAGAGUCAUUAAUAUUAUUAUUUGCAUUUAUACUUAUAUUUUGUAUUAAUUUUAAACUUAAUGACAUUAAUUCCAUUGAAUAUUUCUCUAUAAAUUAUAUAUCAAUGUAUUGAAAUACGGUACAUUUUUAACUUGCG